AAAACACGUUGUAAACUGAAAUGUAGGUCCAAGCCAUAAUAAUAUUUGACAAGUAUACUUUUUUCUACAAAUCACUGGAUAAACUGUAAGCUGGAAAAUGGAAAAACUGGCAGUGGGACUGGCGGGCUUUCUUCAACUAAUGGGCUGCUUCUUGUUCUUGGCCCAGCCGGAGGAUCGAUGCUCGCCGGCUCCUGAUCUGGCCAGCUACCUCUUCCUGGGGGCCACGUUGUGCUUCCUGUGGGAUGUCUCCAUCUACCCUCUCCGGUUCACGCACAUGGCCCACUUUUGGCAGCUCCUGGUGGAGAGUGUGGCCGCCAUUUUCCUGGCGGAAGUGGGCACCGUCAUCAUUUGGUGCAGCCUUGAAAGAUUACUAUUCAACCUUACGGAUUUGCUCCUGACCUCCAUUUACGCCAGCUGCGGUCCCUCGCCUCAUCAAUAUUGGCUUUCGGGACUAAUCACCAGCUUGGCCAGCGGCUCGGUGUUGUGGUACGUCCUUGAGGCCACCGACGGCAGAUACUACUUGAAGACGUCUAUCCGAAAUCUGAGUAAAUCCAUACGGGGCUGCUGGCGAAUGUUGCGCUGCUAUUUCAGCAUGAAUCUAAGAGACCAACGUCGAGCAUUGAAGGUAUGCCAAUUGGCUAGGAAAACGGCUUGUCGAAAGCAGCCAACUCGCAGAUGUCGAGCGAAAGAAAAUGAAGACUGCCUGACCUAGUAAACAUUGCUAGUCCAGUUUUUUCCUUUGUCAAUUUUGUCUGUCCAGUAAAUAUUCCUCAUGUCCUCUUUA